AUUUGUCUAUAUAUCUAACAAAAAAAAACUUUUAGUGUGUGUAAAAAACACACACAAAAGAAAAAAAUGGGAAGAGCUCCAUGUUGUGAUAAAGCAAAUGUAAAAAGAGGUCCAUGGUCUCCAGAAGAAGAUGCAAAACUUAAAGAUUUCAUUCAUAAAUUUGGUACUGCUGGUAAUUGGAUUGCACUUCCUCAAAAAGCAGGACUAAGGAGAUGUGGAAAAAGUUGUAGAUUGAGAUGGCUAAAUUAUUUAAGGCCUAAUAUAAAGCAUGGUGAUUUUUCUGAUGAUGAAGAUAGAGUUAUUUGCAACUUAUAUGCCAAUAUUGGAAGCAGGUGGUCAAUUAUAGCGGCGCAAUUACCUGGAAGAACAGACAAUGAUAUCAAGAAUUAUUGGAACACGAAGCUCAAGAAAAAGCUCAUGGGAUUAAUAAUACCUAAUAACAAUUCUUCUUCUUAUAAUAAUAAUAAUUACCAAAAAAAAUUACCAUAUUUUCCAUCAACUUCUCUUCAUCAAGCCCAACAAAAUCUUGGGCCUUUUAUUACAGGCCCAGAACAGCCCAUUAUUAUUCCAUCAGCCCAACAAAACAAUUUGUUCACCAAUAAUAACAACAACUUGAUGAUGAUAGCCAAUAAUUUGCAAAAUUAUCCAAAUUUUGGUGCUACAAAUUAUAAUUUGCAAAAUUAUCCAAAUUUUGGAGAAGUUGCAAGUUGUUCUUCAUCAGAUGGAAGCCAAAUGAGUUUUGGUACUAAUAAAGAUAUUAUUAAUAUUAAAAGAGAAGAAAUUAUGAGUUUUGGUCAUCAUGAUGGUGCUAUUUAUGAAGAAAUUAAUAACCAACAAUUUAAUUUUGGUUAUUUUGGAAAUACUAUGCAGGAGAUUGCUACAAGUUGUUGUACCAAUGGCAAUAGUGGUAGUACUACCAAUAGUAGUAAUAAUUUUUUGUUGUACAAUAAUGAUGAAAAUUGUAACAAGUCAAAUGAGAUAGGGAUGUUUUAUUACUAAAAAAAUGUAAGUACAAUUAUGGAAGAUUUGAUAGUUGUUGUGUUGGGGGUAUGGGGUUAUUGCCAAGUAGAUUUUGGACUUUUUUUUGGGGUUUUGUAUAGCUCUAUUUAUGUUGGAAUUAAUGGAAAAGAAGUUCUUGAUUUCAUUU